AGUGCCGCCGUUUCCGCCGUUGUACAUUGUGCAACGCUUUCUUUCACUCCGCAGCGCAUCAAGCAAAUACUGCUUUUUGCGGAAGAAACAAAAAGAAGGACGCCACGCACACAAAGCGACAGUCGUCUCCCUCACACUCCUCUAUUAUUCCCUAUGGCAGUGCCGUCCUCCUCCGCUGCCAUCGGCGACGCCAUCCGCGACACCGAUGAGUACGCCGCCGCCUUCGAUCUUGAGGUGUGGAAAGCACAGCAGAAGCUGCGCUAUCAGGCACAGUUCCGGCAGGCCAAAGAGAACCUCGAACGUCGCCUGCACAAGCAGGCGCGAGAGACAGAGCAGAAGAGGCUGGUGGAGUUAGAGGCUCUUCGUCAAGAGCUCGAAACGAUGGGUCAACGCUUGCAACUCGCUGAGGAGACGCUUGAGAAGCGCGCAGCACAGCUGGAGGCACGUGAGGCGGCGUUUAGCGUAAAGCGAGUGAAGGUGGCGGAGCAGCACGAGGCGUACGUUGCGAAGGUAGAGGAGCGCGAGCGCCGCACUCGCGAAGAGGCGCAACUGACACAGUCUAGCUUGCAGGCACGCUUGCAAGAAAAGGAUCAUAUCGUCGCACAACUACAAGAGAGACUCUCGUCCGCGCAGUCCGAAUACGAGCUGCUGCGCCGGCGAGCUGCCCGGUACCUGACCGAGCAAACGGACACGGACGGGCAGCGGGUACGCGAGCAGGAGUGUGCCCUCGCGUUGGCGCACGCGCAGCUGGCCGAGGUGCAGCGCCUGCUGCGGGAUAAGACAGCAGAUGCGGAGCGGCUGGCGGAGGACAAGGCACGUUUGCAAGGCCAACUGCGCGAGACGGCGCAGCAACUGAGUGUGACGACGCGCAAGUAUCGUCGCCUACACGAGGAGAGCCAAACGCGGGAGUGGGAGCGACUUCGCAAGGAGCAGGAUGCGCUGGAUGCGGCGAAGCGGACGCAGGCGCUCUAUGCCAAUCGAGGUCAGGCGUACCCCGGUGCACUGCGUGGGCUUCAGCCUACGAACACACCUUCUUUGUGGGGUACUUCUGCAGCGGGGGCGGGGGGCGUGGCACGAGUGGAGGGCAAAGACGAGUUCUACAACAUGCUCUCCGCCCUCAAGCAGGAGGUCACGACAGGUCUCACCGCCGUAUCGCAAAACAACGGCAGUCACAACAACGGUCGUCUUGCGCAACCUUUACCGCUCAAGAUCGUUGAAAAGCUGCCGAGCAACGCAACAGCAGGAAGUUUGAGUACGGCAAGUGCCAGGCGGUUUAACGAAGCAGAGAAGAACGGACCAUCUUGCGAGCCCCCGACCAACACCACUCCGGUUGCGGCGACCACUGCCGCAGGGAGCACGCAAGCGCUCUCCGUCCUGGGCAGAAAUGCAGAUGACAGCGCGUACACGGAGAAUGAGGUGGCCAGGGACGAGAUGUCCUCCGUGUCUGCCGCCCUCUCCGCUAUUCCCGGUGCGCGUCCCUCAGCGGCGCAGACGUCUUUUAUUUCGCCGACACCACCGACCGCCGACACGCGCCCGACUCGUAGGGCGGAGGGUGGGGAUGUGGUGGUGGACAUGGGUGACACGUCCAUCGAAAGCUACUACCCUCGCGUGGAGCUGCAAUCGUGGACGCACUCGCUCGUGAUGGACGGUGACGAUGCACACGCUGUGGCGCCACUGCCGCCGGCGCGAGCGGGGACGCUGCCGCCUCUUGCGCCGGAGCAGCGCGGCCUCUACACCGAUGGCGCCACGGCGGAAGAGGCGGCAAAAGGUGCUGCGCGCCCCUCCCGCUUUCCUGUCUCGCCGACUCCGGAAGAUUUUGUGCUGUCCCGCGAGGCCGUGUUGGCGGACGCGUCGUCCACAACGCAGGCGGCACGCCGGGAUAUGAAGAGCUUUGUGCAGCAGCUGAAGAUGAACCGCGAGAAGCUCUUGGAGACGGGGGUGUACUCGGAGCAGGAUCACGUGGUGCAGGAGAUGGGGGAGAAGAUUCAAAUGUACGAAGAGUACCUCGCGCAGCACCUGUAG